UGGAGGUUGUGAUGUGGCAUCCAUGGCAGAUGCUUUCUCUCUCUAUCUCUAGCUUUUCUUCCACUUUUUAUUGCUCGCAUCCUACUCCAUUUCCUUCCCCCCUUGAGCCUCAGCUCACGAACAAACACAUACUCCCGAAGCUUCUUUUUCAAAAUAUUCUCCAUUAUUUCUUCAAACUCUCUAUCUCUUUUCUCAUGGCAAAUAAACCCCAUGAAGAAGCUUCAGCUCCAGCUCCAGGAGGCUUAAAAUACCAGACAUGGGUUUUGAGAGUCUCUAUUCACUGUGAAGGCUGCAAGAAGAAAGUCAAGAAAGUUCUUCAGAGCAUCGAAGGUGUUUAUACAACGAACAUUGAUUCUCAGCAACACAAGGUCACGGUCACAGGGAACGUGGACGUGGAGACCCUUUUAAAGAAGCUAUUAAGAUCAGGAAAACACGCCCAGAUUUGGCCCCAAAAACCCGACAAGAAGAAAUCAGGGAAAUCGAAGAACAAUAAUCAAAAGCAUAAUAAGGACCAGAAAGAUUCUCAUGAAGAGGGUGCUGCUGAUGAGGAAGAGGAAAGUCCAGCGGAUAAAAUUCAAAACGCCUCCAAGAAUGAUGGUAAAGACGCCGACGACGAUGGAGGCGAUUCCGACGGCAAGGAUGGAGGUGAAAGCGACGAGGCCGCAGGAGAAGAAGGCGGUGGCGGUGGUGGUGGUAGCGGUGGCAAAAAGAAGAAGAAAAAGAAGAAGAAGAAAAGCCAAAACGGCAAUAAUCCUAAUAAUGGCGGCGGCGGUGGUGGCGGUGAGAAUAUGAAUGAACCUCAGGGAGUGAAAGAGACUUCAGUUGUGGAUGGUCCAGCAGACCUUGCUCCGGGUAUGGCGUCGAUGAAUCUUGGACCGUCAAUCCAGCAUGUGUAUCCCCCCUACCACCCAUCACCCUUCUAUCAACCUCCUCCUCUACACGUACAAGGGCUGAGCUACAACAUGAGCUACCCAAACCCUUCCGCUUCCCAUUUUGCCCCUUCCAUGCAUGCUUAUUCCUAUUCUCAUCAUCAUCCUAACAUAUUCCCGCCAUAUCCACCGUCCGAUCCUAUUGAUGAUUAUAGUGACGACGAGGAUGAGAGUAAAUGCUCAAUUAUGUAAAACCAAAAGUUGCACUGCUGUUACUUUUGUGCGUACAAUAUACUAGCAUAUAAUAAAAGUGUACGAGAAGGAAGAGGGCAUUAGUUUUGUAAAAUGUACUAUGAUAAUGUCUAAAUGUGAAGAAAUUAGGGGGAAAAAAAUAUAUUAGGGGGAUGAAAAUUAAAUAAUUAACGAUUGUAAUAUUGGGGUUUGGAGGUUUCUUUAAUAAGUUGUUGUCUUUUUGUAGCUUUUUUUUUUUUUUUUUGAUUUGACGAAUUUGGGUUUUGCUUGAGAAUGGCCAAUAGCCUUGUAAUGUUUUUGUCCAUUGUAGGACCUAAAGAUCUUCUUUUCCUCUCACUCUGAUGUGUAAAGCAGACUUUCGUUUAUGAAAUCUUUAAUCUCUCA